UUCAGAAGUAUGUUUAGUAGCUUGAUCCGUUUCCCAGGCUACAGUCUGUGCUUGGAGGGCAAAGAUCCAGUGCCUCCAUUUAUUGACCGAAGAUGGAGAGGGAGGGUUCAGCAGCGCCUGGAGGCUCUUCAGCAGCUUGCUGUAGCUCCACCUUCUCUUCAAAUACCUCAAAUUGUGUAUGAAGAUCCUGAAGUUACUGGAAGGAAUCGCUACAAAUAUUUUGCACGGCCUCUCAUCUCUUGUAAUAAGCUGAUUCCACUAACUGUUGCUUACACAAUGGCAAAGACAGAGCCCUAUGUCCAUUCAGCUUCAAGAGACAGCAAGGUCUUUGGUCCCAAAUUACGAACUGUGGGCACACAGACCGACUACAGGGAUGGUGAAGCCCAGACGGAUCCCUAUUCCCCUGAAUAUAUAGUUCCCAGUGGCUCAGUCCCUGAACUUCUGACACUUGCUACACUCACUUGGGGUCGGGGGCUACCAGCAGGACUAGCCGAGGUGGAGAUGAUUGAACGUGCCCGGGAGAAACGUGCAUGGGAAGCAACUCUUCCUUCCAUGGACAGUGCCUCACAAAUCGCGAAGAGGAGGAAGAUGAUGGAUGAUAUGGAGAGGAAGGAGUGGGCCUUUAGAGAAAAGGAAAUAGAAAAGUUGCAGGAGGUUCGACUGGAAGUCUUAAAGAAGCUGCUGCAGAGGCGAGAGAAGAAUCAGAAUGAGCUGGAUGCCAAGCGCUUGGAUGACCACUGGCAAAAUCAUCAGAAGGCUAAAGAAGAGAAAAUGAAAAAGAUUCAGCAUGACUGUGCACUGAUGCUCAGGAAACUGAUAGCUAAGAGGAAGAAUGUGAUGGGGAAGCUGGAGAGACGAGAUAUCAUCAAAGAGUAUACUGACUUUGCAUCGCAAACGUAUGCUCCUUUGUCAAGAAUUGGUUAUUUCCCAGACAACCAUUCUGAACGCUAUGUGGUAAAAAACAUCUAUCUUAGCACCUUCGCAGGACUGUGUGAACUGGAAGCAUCUCUCCCAGAUUCUGUCACCCAGGUCAAGAUUAAAGCACCAAAGCCUAAGUACACUACCACUGAGACUGGAUAUAUUAAAAGAUCAGCAAGGCUAGAGGUGGAGCUGGCACAGGUUCACCAGGCACUACUGGAGAAAAAGAACAAAGUCAAGGAGCCAAAGAAGCCUCUCCGUUUCCUUGAAAAAAUAGAAAAGCCUGUUCCUCGGCCACCCACUCCAAUCCUGGAAAAACCAUCAAUUGAGGAAGAGGAAACAGAACUGGCAGUGGUCUGUCUGCAGAAGUUGCUCCGAGGCAGGGCUAUUCAGAACAUGAAAGUUAAAAUGAAAGUGAUUCAGGCCGUUUCCAAGAACGAGGCUAACAAAAACGCAUUUUUCCCCAUUUCAAGCAUGUCAGUCUUUUAUCUGAGACACUUCCUCACCCUCACACCAUACAAAUUGGAACUGUAG